ACUUUUGUGUUCAGAGAAAUCUCUCUCUUUGUUAAGCCAUACCAAAUUUGCUCAGAAGUGGUAAUUUGUGUAAAUUUUGGUUGUAAACAUGGAACCAGAUUCAUGGUUGCAAACCCGGAGUUGAUGGAUAACAAAUACCUAUUUUAGUGGUAGCCGCCAUUGAUGUCCUCUCGAGCUCCCUCUUUCCACCAAUGGCUGAAUUUUCCAACCUCACCUCCGACUCGAAGGACAAUCAGUUCUUUGCCUUCGAUCCUCUCUCUGAUCUCUGGUUCCGCCUCCCCCCGGUGCCGGUCUCUCCUGUCUCCUCCUUCCUUCGCUCCGACGGCUUCUUCUUCACUACCGCGCCUCACUUCUCUUUCUCUCCGAUCUUCAAUCCCUCUUGGAUCGUCACUUCGCCUCUCAGAUUCGCACGGAUAGAUCCUCUCCUCGGAAUUUUCCGAUCCGGAUCCAAGUCGAAUCUCCAGUUUAUCGUCGUCGAAGGCGUACGACUGCUAGGCGGCGCCCAUUUAUCUGUCGAGAUUUACGAUCCGGACGCUGAUUUUUGGGAGCUCUAUUCGCCAUUGCCCCCGGAUUUCAGGUCCGGAAUCUCCUCGCGCUCUCUCUCUUCCGCUUUGUUCGAAGGUAAGUUCUACGUUCUCGGAAGUCACUCCUCCUUAGUUUCUUGCUUCGAUUUACACGAUCAUGUAUGGAGUGAAGUCCAAACUCUUCAACCUCCUGGAAAUAUGUUUUCAUUUUUAAUUUCUUGCACCGACCGCCUUGUUUUGGCGGGACUCUGCAAUUCCCCUGCCGGUCCUUCCUUCGUUCUGUGGAAAAUUGAUGUGGAGACCAUGGAAUUCCUCGAGAUUUCCGUCACGCCGAGCGAUCUGCGUGAGAAUGGAAAUGAAAUGCGUUGGACAGGAGAAUCUGAUCUACGUUUUUAGCGAGGACUAUGAAACGAAAUAUUCAGGGUGUGUUCGUGAAAUCAGCCGUGAGAAUGUGAAAGUGCAGGGGGAAAAGAGUGCCUCCAUUGUCAGUGUGCACAACAUUCUCGGCCGAGAGGACGAAGAAGGUCAACAUUACUCCUCAUUCUGCCAUGUCCGAGUGCCAUGUCCGAGGUAAGCUUAUAAAUAUUAUUUUUCUUUUCGAAGAGAGAGAGAGAAAAAAAAAACCCUAUUUAGCAAACUGACUCUCGCACGCCAAGCCUACUCACUCACCAAAGAAGCCCUCAUCUUGUCCAAAUUCAUCGGCUGCCCCCAUAUCCUGCAGCUCAUCGGCCACCAAGUCACCGUCGAAGACGACACCAAGUACAGCGUUUACAAUCUGGUUUUGGAGUACACCGCCGGUGGGUCUUUGGAUGACCUUAUCAACCAACGCAAGAAGCUGCGGGAGGAUGAGCUCAAAGGGUAUCUUCGUAUGAUGCUUACAGGGCUUUCUUGCAUUCAUUCCAAAGGCUUUGUGCAUUGUGAUUUCAAACCUUCUAAUGUUCUUGUUUUUUCCCUCUCAACAUGACAAACCCGACCUCAAAAUAGCCGACUUUGGUCUUGCAAAGAAGUUUUGGUUAUAAAUUGAGUUUUAGAGGGACGCCUGAAUACAUGUCUCCUGAGUCUUUUAUUGGUGAGAUUACACCCUCCUUAGAUAUUUGGUC